GCUCCGUGUCCGCUUUUCAGAAAGACAGAGAGGAAAGGAAGAAAAAACUCGCCCCCCUCUCUCUCUCUCUUGUGUGUGAGGUGGCGAACCCGAGGAGCGGAGGCCACAAGUCCAAUCCGCCCGUAUCUAAUCCGCUGCGACGAGGUGGGGGCGCGGCGGGGCGGUCUUGAUCCGGGCUCUUUCCUCGCGGGAGCGCACGGUUGGCAUUUCAAGUGCGAGACCUUGGCUUCUUUGAAUCCCACAAAGCACGGUUGAGCCAUGGCUGGCUCCCUUGCUGCCUCAGCCUUCUUCCCUGGCCCAGGGGCUUCUCCGGCAGCAUCCGCCAAAACAUCAAAGAACUUGGCUGGUGAAUUACCGGAUAAUUUGAGCGUGCGUGGUAUUGUCGCAACGCCUAAUGCCCCUUCGGGGAACAUGCAAGUCAAGGCUCAAGCACAAGCCCUUCCCAAGGUUAAUGGUACCAAGGUUAACCUCAAGAAUGCAAGCCCAGACACAGAGGAGGCGAUACCCUACAUUGCUCCCAAGACAUUCUACAACCAACUGCCAGAUUGGAGCAUGCUUCUUGCGGCUGUCACUACCAUCUUUCUUGCAGCAGAGAAGCAGUUGACACUGCUUGACUGGAAGCCGAAGAAACCCGACAUGCUUGUUGAUACAUUUGGUUUUGGUAGGAUCAUUCAGGAUGGGCUGGUUUUUAGGCAAAACUUCUGGAUUCGGUCCUAUGAGAUUGGUGCCGAUCGUACGGCUUCUAUAGAGACAUUAAUGAAUCAUUUACAGGAAACAGCUCUUAAUCAUGUGAAAACAGCUGGCCUUCUUGGAGAUGGUUUUGGCGCCACACCAGAGAUGAGCAAACGAAACUUGAUCUGGGUUGUCAGCAAAAUUCAGCUUCUUGUUGAGCAAUACCCCUCAUGGGGAGAUACUGUUCAAGUGGACACAUGGGUAGCUGCUGCUGGGAAAAAUGGCAUGCGUCGAGAUUGGCAUGUUCGUGACGAAAACUCUGGACGCACAAUCUUGAGAGCUACAAGUGUUUGGGUGAUGAUGAAUAAGAACACUAGAAGGCUUUCGAAAAUGCCGGACGAAGUUAGGGCCGAGAUAGGCCCAUAUUUCAAUGGCCGCUCAGCCAUAACAGACGAGCAAAGCGAGAAGUUGGCUAAGCCAGGGAGCGCUCCUGACGGUGGUACUAUGAAGCAGCAGUUCAUUAGGAAGGGGCUCACUCCUAGAUGGGGUGACCUUGAUGUCAACCAGCACGUGAAUAACGUCAAGUAUAUCGGUUGGAUCCUUGAGAGUGCUCCGAUCUCGAUCCUGGAGCAGCACGAGCUCGCGAGCAUGACGCUGGACUACAGGAAGGAGUGUGGCCGCGACAGCGUGCUGCAGUCGCUCACCACCGUCGCAGGAGAACGCAUGGACGGCCACGCGGGCGACUCCACCAUCCAGUGCCAGCACCUGCUCCAGCUGGAGUCCGGGGCCGACAUAGUGAAGGCGCACACGGAGUGGCGCCCGAAGCGGGCGCGUGGCGAGGGGAGCUUGAGGGGAGCUUCGGGGGUUUUCCGGCCGAGAAUGCAUGAAUGAAACUCCCACCUGGAGCCGACCGGACCGGACCGGCCGAGCAAAGGAAAUCACAUGUUGCAUGGGUAUGCUAACGCAGAAGUUUGGCACAUGGCGGGGAGUUGUUUGUUAUCAGGUCCAUGGUCGCGGGAGGCUUGGAGGCAAUUGGUAGAGCUGAGCAUCAUGCAUGGGAGGGGGUAAAAAAAAAAGCCCUGGAGGUCAGGACGGGGAGGAAAAAGCAGGAACAGGGUUUUGAAGCGUGUGGAGUUGUUGUGAACGAGGGAUGGAUGAUGCAUGCGGGAGUGGAGUUUCUGCAGGGGAUGAUGUAUGAUGGAUGUAGUAGGGUAGGCUAGGCCAGGUUGGGUGUGUACAAUGCAAGCCCCCCCUGUAACAGCCUGAUUUGUACAUUCUUGCCAUCUCUGUCUUGUUGAUUGAUCG